AUGACAGAGAAGGGCAACCCUGAAUCCUCUCCCUAUCAGCUGGAUGGCACCUCGAUUAAGUUCAAAGAUGGCCGCUUGGACGGUUCUGUCAUCAAAUCGCUGGUCGACGGCGACGCCGUAAAACUCCCCCUGACGAUAACCUUCCUUGACCGCGGCAAUGUACGAGUCACCAUCGACGAGGAAAAGAGAAGGAAGGGUGAGAUCGAGCUGCGGCAUGGCAGCGCCGCCAGAAAGGAGAGAUACAAUGAGGCUGCUGCAUGGGCCCUGACUGGAGCCGGUCUCCAACCUCAGAUGACAGCUUCGAUGAAAAAGGCGUCGAAGGAUGUUACAGAAGUAUCGUGGGGUCCAAGCGGUCACUUCAAGGCCACUAUUCGACACGCUCCUUUUGGGAUCGAGUUCUGGUCUGGUGAAGAGAAACAUGUGGUGCUCAACGGCCGGGGAUUUUUGAACGUCGAACAUUGGCGGCCAAAGGUUGAGAAACCUGCGGUGGACGAGAACAGUACCGAAGCACAGCCCACGGAGCCCACGGAAGACGAAAGCACUUGGUGGGACGAGACUUUCGGAGGCAAUACUGACUCGAAGCCCAAAGGGCCGGAAAGUGUUGCAAUGGACAUUACCUUUCCCGGAUACGGGCACGUGUAUGGUCUCCCGGAGCAUGCUGGGCCUUUAUCACUGAAGGAGACCCGUGGAGGAGAGGGAAACUACGACCAGCCGUACCGAAUGUACAACAGUGACGUCUUUGAAUACGAACUCGACUCUCCUAUGACACUAUACGGAUCCAUACCCUUCAUGCAUGCUCACAGAAAGGGCUCCACGAUUGGUGUCUUCUGGCUGAAUGCUGCGGAGACCUGGGUGGAUAUCGUCAAGUCGAAACAUGACACAAACCCGUUGACGCUGGGUCUGACGGGCGGCGUCGUCGAUACACAUACGCACUGGAUGUCUGAAAGCGGUCUUCUGGACGUGUUCGUCAUGCUUGGCCCGACGCCUCAAGAUGUCUCCAAAUCAUAUGGGGAGCUGACUGGCUACACCGCAAUGCCCGCCUCGUUUGCCAUCGCCUACCACCAAUGUAGGUGGAACUAUGUGAGCGAUGAGGACGUGAAGGACGUCGACCGGAAAUUCGACAAGUUCAAUAUCCCCUACGAUGUCAUCUGGCUGGACAUUGAAUAUACAGACGACAAGAAAUACUUCACCUGGGAUCCAUUGAACUUCCCAGAUCCCAUAUCCAUGGAAAAGCAACUUGAUGAGACUCAACGCAAGCUAGUCGUCAUCAUCGACCCACACAUCAAGAACAAGGAGGGAUACUUUGUCGUGGACGAACUCAAGAGCAAAGACUUGGCCGUCAAGAACAAGGACAACAACAUUUUUGAAGGGUGGUGCUGGCCAGGGAGCUCUCAUUGGAUCGAUGCUUUCAAUCCUGCGGCAAGAGCUUGGUGGAAGUCGCUAUUCACAUUCGAUCGUUUCAAAGGCACGCAGUCGAACGUCUGGCUGUGGAACGACAUGAAUGAGCCAUCUGUUUUCAACGGACCAGAGAUUACUAUGCCACGAGACAACUUGCACCACGGCAACUGGGAACAUCGUGACCUGCACAAUAUCAACGGCAUGACCUUCCACAACGCCACCUACCACGCUCUUUUGGAACGCAAAAAGGGCGAGGUUCGACGGCCGUUCGUACUCACUCGAUCGUUUUAUGCAGGUUCUCAGAGAUCUGCGGCGAUGUGGACCGGUGACAACCAGGCAAACUGGGAACACCUUGCCGCCUCGAUCCCCAUGAUUCUCAACCAGGGUGUGGGCGGAUUUCCCUUCGCUGGUGCCGACGUGGGUGGAUUCUUCGGUAACCCCAGCAAAGAAUUGCAGACGAGGUGGUAUCAGGCCGGUGCAUUCUAUCCGUUCAUGCGUGGUCAUGCGCACAUUGACACUCGAAGGCGUGAGCCCUAUAUGCUAGGGGAGCCAUACACCGGUAUCAUGACCCAGGCCUUGCGACUUCGUUAUUCGCUCCUGCCGGCAUGGUACACAGCUUUCCACGAAGCUGCGACGGAAGGACACCCCAUUGUGCGAGCCCAGUAUUUCGUGCAUCCAUCGGAUGAAAAAGGCUUCGAUAUCGACGAUCAGAUGUAUCUCGGCUCCACCGGCUUGUUGGUCAAACCCGUCACCGUCGAAGGAGGAGAAAGCGUGGAGAUCUACUUGUCGGACGACGAGAAUUACUACGACUACUUUGACUACACGACAUACGUUGGUGGUUCCCGAACGCACAAGGUCGACGCACCGUUGGACAAGAUCCCCUUGCUCAUGCAAGGUGGCCAUAUAAUUCCCCGGAAAGACAGACCGAGGAAGAGUUCUGGGCUGAUGAAGUGGGACCCAUACACUCUCGUUGUUGUUUUGGACAAGCACGGCGAGAAGGCGGACGGCACGCUGUAUGUGGAUGACGGAGAGACGUUUGAGUACCAGCAAGGAGCGUACAUCCACCGCAAAUUCUCCUUUGCGGAGGGAGUGCUUCGAAGCAGCGAUCUUGGCACGAAAGGUACAAAGACCGCCGCGUAUCUGAAGGCCAUGAAGGAGGUGAAGAUCGAGAAGAUCAUCGUGGUCAACGCGCCCGCCGCAUGGUCAUCGUCGACCGGGGAGCUCACGGUGUCGGAAGACGGUGUGAAGGGCGACCGGAAGGUCGAAAUGAGCUAUCACGGCGCCGUUGGAAACAAGGCCGCCUGGGCCGUGGUCAGGAGUCCCGGGUUGGGUGUCGGCGUGGAUUGGACCGUGAAGUUCGCCGAGGGCGCCAGCUCCGGGCCCAAGAGUGAAUUGUAA